CUCUCUCUCUCUCUCUCUCUCUCUCUCUCUCUCUCUCUCACUCUCUCUCUCUCUCUCUCUCUCUCUCUCUCUCUCUCUCUCUCUCUCUCUCUCUCUCUCUCUCUCUCUCUCUCUCUCUCUUUCCUCCGUCUGGAAUCUCCGAGCGAGCAACGGUGGCGGAGCUCGAGUUCAGGAUGCCGAGCUCUGAAAACACUCACCAAGUCACGCGCCUCUUCUAGUCUGCACAACAAGACAGACAUUCCUCAUAACAGCGGGAAAGUCUAACUCUGUAUCUGCGGCUUUUUCCUCAUUUUUGAGCGGAACAGGACACGUAAGAGUUGUCAGAAGCGCGAACGGCUCAGACUCCACAUCAAGAAGAGAAAUGAUGCUGACGAGCAAGUGAAAUGAUGUCUGUCUUCAUCAUGCUUGCGCUUCUUGUGAAUUUCAUUGCCGUUUCACAAGGCCUUGCAGCUUUGAAUCUUUCUGAUGGUGUCGUUGGUGUUUAUGAAGACCUGAAGUGGAAAGCUCUCUUGUGUUGUGAUCAUCCUGUUCAGACGGUUAACGGUGGUCUGUCAGAACACCCACCCGAACAACAGUGUCAACUGCUAAAUGCUACAAAACAACAAUCUUUUGGAAGCUGUUUGGACAUCCUGUGCUGGCUUGAAGGUGAAAGGGAAAAUUUGAUUUGUAAUGCAAAGACCCGCAGAGCAUCAGCAUCAGCAGCGGCAGCAGCUUCCACUCUGUUCAGCGUUAGCCCUCAUCAAUUAGUUGUACGGCUGAAUGUACUUUCAGAUGAAACAAAUUCCACCACUCAGUGUGUUGGAGAAGAUACUACCAUCUGCUCCAUUUCCCUUCAUGGGAGGGAUGCAACAGUCUCAUUAGUAAUAAGUAUAUCUGAGAAUGGGAGUACUGCACUAUCACCCAAGAUGCAAGUCAGCAUAUAUCAACUACAAAGACCAGGACCACCUGUCAAUCUGCAUUACAAUGUGACAACAGAAGGUGAAGUUAUAUUCAGGUGGACCGGCACACAACCUGACAACAACACCAUAAGCUAUGAGAUCCGAUACUUAUCCAAUUCCUUGCUUCAGGAGUGGAAGGUGUUGAAGGUCAAAGGUCGUUCAUGGGUUGCCCUGAAUGAGCUCAGUUUUGAGAUCAGAGACACUGUUCAAGUGCGCUGCCAAAACUACUUCGGCUACUGGAGUGAAUGGAGCCAACCUUUCUAUUUCAGACAAGAAGUCAGUUACAUCCCUGCUGAAGUCUUCACAACGCCGGGGUCAGAGGUAACGGUUUACUCCGUCUUCCACAACCGCAGCUGGAGCGCCAGUAAAGCCGUGUGGUUUCUGAAUGGCAAGAUAAAGAUACCAGAAAGCCAGUACAGGGUCAUCAAUGAGCAGGUCAGCACAGUCACUCUAAAGAUGGACAAAGCAGGAUUUGACACUCUGAUGUGCUGCUUCACAUUGGGAGAGAAAUCUAUGUGCUCCAUCGCCUAUGCCAAAAUAUACACAGAAGGGAGGUUUGACGCAAAUAUUACCUGCCAAAGCAAGUAUUCGUAUGUGGACACCAUGAGCUGUACGUGGAAUCAGAGCAAUUGGGCACAGGUCAGACUCCUUUACAGACAAUACAGAUCAAAGUGCAUCGAAGAAGCUGAAGAAGACGCGUCUUUGGUAAAGGAGUGUCCAUCUGGAGCAGGAGAUCACAGAAAGUGCAACUUAAGCCAAAUCAGCAUGAUCUUUUGCUAUAAAUUCUGGCUUGAAGUGGAAGGAGGACGUGGCCAAUCAUUUCCUGCCUACGUUAUGCCCAUUGACUAUGUGAAACCAUCACCUCCCUUUGAUCUGAAGGCAAUCACUUUGCCGAAUAAAACCCUGAGUGUAAAGUGGAAACGCCCCUCCUUGCCUGUAUAUGGCAUGCAGUAUGAGCUGCAAUUCAAGGCUUUGACUGGAAUGGCAAAUACGCAAUGGAAGGUCAUUGGGUCUCUAUUGGAACCACAGGCAGAGAUUCAGCUGGAGGAAUCCUGUGUUCAGUUUGAAGUCGAAGUUCGCUGUAAAGACGUGAACAACACUGGAUACUGGAGCGACUGGAGCAGUAGUCACAUUUCCACUGUUUUCAACUUGAAAGCACCAGAGAUGGGACCAGACUUUUGGCGCAUUUUACAAGAGGAUCCUGCUAGGAAUGUGACAAAAGUUACAUUGAUCUUUAAGCAGCCUAUUCUAGCAGAAGAUCCAAAUAGCUGCGUGGAGGGUUUAGUGAUUAAACAUCAGGCCUCAGGUGGAGUCAUGUGGUCAAAUGAAACAACCUUGGCUCAGUUUCACUCAUUCCAGUGGAGGAAGGAAGCGCAUACAGUCACCGUGAUGUCUCGCAACGCUUUGGGCAUUUCCACAUGGAACAGGAACAUCACGCUCUUACGUCAAGCCAAACGACGAUGUGUGCGUUCGUUCAGUGCAGUUGCAAAUGCGAGCUGUGUGUAUCUCUCCUGGAGCCUGUUAUCUGAUCAGCCGGCGCCUCAGUCAUUUGUUAUUGAAUGGUUAGACCUGAACAAAGACCCAGAAAAGGAUGUGUCUCUCACAGAAAGAAUACAGUGGGUCAGGGUUGAGUCCAGAUCGAGAGAUCUUUCUCUUUGCCGUCGUUUUUAUGGCUCAGAGGAGUUCACCUUGUAUCCAGUGUUUGUGGAUGGUGAAGGGGAACCGGUUCGAUACACAGCUACAAGGGGUGAUCCUGCAGCGUAUAUACUGCUACUGAUCAUCGCCUUCCUGUCAGUGGUGCUGUUUGUCACGCUGAUGAUGUCACAGAACCAGAUGAAAAAACUCAUGUGGAAGGAUGUUCCAAAUCCCAACAAGUGCUCGUGGGCCAAAGGAAUGGACUUCAGGCAGAUUGACACCAUGGAGAGCCUGUUCCCUCAUUCAGAGGGUCUCACUGCCUGUCCACUGCUGCUGGUCUCUGAGAGCAUAUGUGAGGUGGAAAUCAUCGAGAAACCUCAUCCUCUCACCAUUGAACACUUAAAAGACAAUGAAGUACUGCCCUCCGGGGACAAGACAACCACAGACUCUUUCCUUCAGGGAGACUCUUCUGAAGCUCUGGAAGCAUCUACUGCUACUCCCACUCCAGAAACAUCAGGCCAGUCUUCAGUCACAUACUCCACCAUCCUCCUCUCCGACCAGCCCAGCCAACUCCAAAAGCAGCAGGAGAGUCUCAGCAGCUCCAGUGACGAAGGCAAUUUCUCUGCCAACAACUCUGACAUUUCCGGCUCCUUCCCUGGAGGACUUUGGGACCUAGAGAACAGCAAUCCUCGCCAUUCCAGCUCCUACAACUCAGUGGAAGAGUUUUCGGAAACAUCAGAACAGGAUUAUGAAGCAUUGGAAAACACAGGUGUAGCUAAAGACCUGUAUUACCUUGAGAUGACUGAAGAAGAGAAAGAAGAAGAAGAAGAAGAUGAACCAGAGGAGGGUCAAAAUAAGAAUCCCAGGCCUCUUCUGGAAAGCCAAAAUUCCACAGCCUGCAAUUCCAGUAGCAUGUCUCACAGCAUUCCUCUUUAUCUGCCGCAGUUUCGGAGUGAAUGUAUUAAUCCACCGUGAAAUAUUGAAUGGAGAGCAGCACCAUCUUGUGGUAACGUGACAUAAUAUAGUUCUUCACUGGAUGGAGGUUAAUACAAUGCCUGCAUCAAAUUGCUUUUCCCCCCAGUGAGAUUUGUUUUUCUUUAAGCUUCAGGUAGCACGAAUUAAAGAAAUAAAUCUUGUUAAAUUGUGAUUCAAAAAGCAGUUUAUUAUUUUUUAAACUCCAGGAUUUGGAGCUGGAGAAUUUCUGUGCUUCUUUGUAAGCUUAAAAUGUGAUUAAAUAUCACUAUACAUAAAAUAAUAACUAUAAUUGCUGAAUAAACAAUAUUAAACAAAAUCAGAAAUGUUUUAAUGAUAAUUUGACAACACCAUAAAAUAAAAACAUUCUAUUUGAGACCAUAAUAAUACAUUUUACUUAAAAUAUUAAUAAUAAUAAUUCCUUACAUUUAUAAAGCGCUUUUCUGGACACUCAAAGUGCUUUACACCUGUUUGGGGGGGAAUCUCCUCAUCCACCAACAGUGCAACAGUAAAUUAAAGCACUUAUCUCUUCUUUUUUUCAUUUUCAAUCCAUCAGCUGCAGGAUAUUUCUGUUUUGUUGACAACAGCCGGCUUCUCAUUACAUGUUUGAGAAAAUGUUGGCACAUGUGGCUUUUUUUUCUUCAGUGCAGGUUAAACGUGAACCAAACUUACUGUAGAGCAACUGCAGAGAUCAGUUUAUGUGAAGCAGCAUUUUCGUGUGUGAAAAGUUCACUCUAAAGUUCAUUCUGAAGCACCAGCACAUAUCAUUUGAUUAAUCACAGCCUUUGACAAUUGCACUAAACUAUUUAGCGACAUCGGUUUUGAUUCCGAUUACCUGAGCAGUGCUAAUUUACUCAAUCUGCGCCGAAAUCGGCUUACAAUUCUUUCAAGAGUUCACACUUAGCUGAUGAUUGAUUAUAAAGCGUGUUUGGCAUGCUGUCCCGGGAGAGAACCCUGAGCUCAUAAGAUCCUCGAGCCCGGGGCUCCCUCUCGUUUGCAAGGCGAGAGGGGAGUUUGAGCUCUGGUAGAUCUCAAGAACUCCCCUGCUGUAGUAGCUAAUGAACAGAUAGUGAUUGCUCUUAAGAGAUAACUACUUACUAAGAGUAUGUCUAUGGUGCCAAUUUGCAUUAGUCAAUCAACUUAAGUUGAGUUUUUGGAUGGUGGGAGGAAACCGGGGAACCCAGGGGAAACCCACGUGAGCAUGGGGAGAACUUGUAAACUCCGCACAGAAACGUUGGCUGGCUUAGUAAGGACUAGAACCAGUGACAUUCUUGCUGUGAGGCGACAGUGUUAACCACUGGUCCGCUGUGCAACCCAUCUAGGAAAGAAGGAGGAUUAGGGGUGGAAGGGGGGAUUCUUCAAAACGAAGAUGGCUGUUAUAUGGAACUUAGGGUAUUUAUAGUGGCUUAGGAAUCAUCUGAUUGGUGAAUCAUAAAUUGGAUAAUGCGGAACCAGCCACAAGCAAUCAUAAGCAGAUGAUCCUCUCGAAAAUAGUUUAUAAAUAAACUUCUUUCAGUAAAACAACUAAAAUGUUCCUUUCACGAUUUGCCUCCAGAAAACCCAGUAAUUCGGAUGACUUAUUAUUCGAUUAAAUCAUCGAUGAUACAGUAUAUAUUAUACCUUUGAAGGUUUACAGCCAGAUCUCCUGGCCUCAGCUUAUAAGAGUAUCCAAGCACAGUUUAAGCUCCAAAUGUCUCAUUGAUGGGUUGAUAGUCAACCUGUCAUAUCUGAAACUCGCUGCUUUCCACCUUCAUCACAUGAAGCCUUUCAUAAGUGAAGUAAAAUCACAUUAAGACCUCAUGAACUGGAAGGAAGUGCUUUAGCAGGAAGACUGAAGAAGAAAGGACCUUGUUUUGGCUAUCUCAGUAUGGUGGUUUCUGUCGCAGUCACGGUUUUGUGGCUUUUUAUGGAUUUUUGGUGCUUCAUCAAGUCCAGGUUAUCAUAAGCGAAUAGACAUUUUAAAGAGGCGCCCAUAUAAAUAUCAGCUUUGUGAAUAAAAGCCUCUCGUGUCUUCAUUCACAUCAGGCUUAUUCGCUUCACAUGAAUGUAUAUUUUGUCAGUGAGGUCAGUGUUCUUUGAAAACUCUAAUAUUUUGAGUCUAAAAAAAAUGUCAUUUAUUUUUAGUGUACGGUAUUUUUGGAUGAAAUGAGGGUUGAAUGUAACCCAGUGAAUAAAACUGAUUAAAAAUGUCAAGAGUAUCUGUAAGAAUGUGUGUACAGUACUAUUCACGUAUUUCUUGUCUAUUUUUCUGGUCAAAAUAAACUAUUUAUUGCAA